UGCCCCCACUAGAUUGCAUUAAAGAACAUAGUCUUUCCUGGGGUACAUAACAGUUUCAAACUGGCACGAGAAUGCUGAGAAUUAAAAAACAAACAAACAGUUUUUUUCUAAUUGGUUAGCAGUAACGUCUAUUCAAGAUACUACUCUGUAAUCGAAUAUUUAUGUGUAACUAAUAUUAAUAAAAUAGUGUACCUAUAAACAUUGCUCUCUCAUUUGUAACCGCAGUCACUAUUUUUAACACUUGGCACUACAGUCAACUCUGCCUCCUGUUCUCUGCUUAAAGACUCCACAUGGCCUAUGGAAAAUGAGUUGCACUAGGAAUCAAGAAGCCUGGAUUUUAGUUUGCAAUAUACAAGUUUGUGCAAGAAAGUUGAUGUCUUUGUACUUUAUUUUCUCAUCUGGAAAUAAGGUAGAUCUAAGAUCCUUUACAAUUCUCACUUAAAACACACACACAUGCAACACACACCUUUGAGUUUGGAACACAUAGUUAGAACCCAAAAAUAUUUCAAUUAAGAGAUAUUUGUUCAUGAAAUACUAGGAAUAUUAUUAUAAAGGAAUAAUGGGAUGGUUUAACUAUAAAGCUGUUAAUAUAAUGCUAAGUUUUACCUGAAGUGGUUUUAUUUACAGCGAUCUAUCCUUUUGCUUUUUCAUUACCUUUGUGACUAGUGUCCAAAGUUUGUGAGAUUGUUGGUUGAAAUUACCAGUACAGUUUGCCCAUGGAAAAGAGUGACACCUACACAGAGGUAAAAUUCAUGACCUUAGGACUAUGCACCACCCUGAGGAGACCAUUCGUAGGCUAGACAGUUUAUGCAGGUUCUAGGGAAGGGUACAAAGUAAAUGAAAGAUCAGUGGGGGAAGUAAUUAGGAAAGGGCUCUUUUGUGGAAAAGAUAAUGAGUCAGGAAAGCUCUUCAGAUAAUUCUGGGUUGGUAGAAAGAGGAGGAAGGCAUGCCUGAUAAGCAGAAAAAAGAACGAACAAAGGCACAAGGUAUGAUAUGAACAGGACAUCACAUAGAGAACAUUUUAGCUGGAAUGUAGAGACCAUGUAGGGAACUGUGAAAAGAUGAAAUGAUGCAAAAGUGGAGAAAGUUAAUAGGAGACUUUAAGCAGGGUCACUUCAAGGAAACAAACUCACAUUGGCCUCAGUGAUUGAUGCCUCCAGGAAUUGUGCUGUGUACAGCUUGUACAGCUGGCUCUAUGUGGUGACUCUUGCCCUGAUGUCAGAUGUACAAAUUUACGUGACUCCAAUAGAUAGUUAUGGAGUCAGUUAAAAAAAAAAAAAGACAAAAGAAAAUCCUUUAAGCUGCGAGAAAUGUGAUGAAAUGGCUUUUCAGGAAGAUUAAUCAGUACUGUGGUGCAAGACAAAUAAGGAAGGGCCUUAAGUCCUAGAUAUUAGCUAAAAGUGUGUUGUAGUAAUUCAAGCAUAAAGUAAUAAGAACCUAAAAAGAGUUUAUAUCCAAGAGAAUUUAAAAUAAUAAAUUAAUAAGACUUAGUAAUUGGAUUUUAGGAUCAUGAUGAAGGAGAAUGCCCUCCCAACCCCCACUCCAAUAACUGAUAAGGAGAAGGAAUUAGAACUUCCUUUAUUCUAAUUUGAGAUUUGGAGACAAUUCUGUAUGAGUGAUGAUACUGUGUAUUUAAUACUUGUCUUGCAUUUAUAGAAAGGGCUAUUAAGAUACAUGAAUGGCCAUUGUUGUAAGGGAGGACUGGGAAAGUUGACUUUUGUAUUUAUCUGCUAUACCCUUCAGAAUAAUUGACAAUCUAUGUCACAUCUGUCAAAUCUUCCAUCAUUACUGUCUACUGAGAUUGCUAUUGUUAAAGUUGCCAAUGAUUUCUUUAUGGUCAGUUCUCUUUUAUAUUUUAUUAAACCUCACCAGUGUUUGAUAGUGUUGACCAUUCUCUCCUUGAAACAUCUUUUUCUCUUGGCUUGCAUGACACCAUGAUCGACUAAUUAUCCUCUCAUGUCACUGCCAACUUUCACAUCACCCUUUUUACUAUUACGGCACAGCAUUUCACCAUCUUUAAUUUUUCUUAUUUGUUUUUGUUUUUCUCUCCCACUAUUAGAAGAUAAGCUCUAAGUCCCAGUGUAUAUGAAAGUGCCUGGCACAUAAUAGGUGUAUAAUAAAUAUUUGCCAAAUAAAUGAAGUUUGAAUACCCACUUUCUGGCUAUGUCAAGCAAGUCAGUCCAAUUCUUUGAGCAUUCCCACUUCCGCUAAUUCUUAACAUCCAUUUUCAGAUGCCUCUACUCCAAUCCACAUAUGUUUCUUAUAUUUCAAUAUGAGGUUCUAGUUAUUUAAUUUUAAAAAUUGUAUUUUUAAAAAGCAAAAAAAAAGUUUCAAAGUGCUGAGUUCCAACUUUUCAAUACUUGUAUCAAUAUGCUGUUACUUAAAUGUGACUUCACAAACUUCUGUAGUAAGCAACCAAAUUGUGACCUACUCAAAGGAUAGUAGGAGUUCUAAAAAGCAAUAACUCCAAGUAAUUAAAAUAUAUGACACUAAGUAAUGUUUUUAUUUACACAUUAUUUUUCAGUUAAUAGUCCUGAUCGUUUAUCUAACACCAGUCAGAGCAUAGUAAUUUAUUUUAAUUUAGUGUAUGUGUUUUUGUGUGUUUACUAUAUAGGACUAAUAAUAGUUUUUUGAGAAUUUUCUUGUUAGCAGCCCCCCAGGUUGUUUCUAGGCCUCUAUUGCUAUUUUAUUCCAUGGCAUGAGGAGUGUGGUAUCUUUCUACUGCCUUACAGCCUUUAGAAGUAAAUUGAAUCACAUCUAGAGCAUCCCAGUCAUGGGAAAGAUAAUCUUCCAUUCCCCUUAGAGCUUUGCAGUAACUCUGAACUAUCUGGGUUUUUGUUCUAAAUCAAGGAUCCAGAGACAUCAACAAUGAACAAAUAUGGUGAAUAAUGGUUAAGAGGGAGAGAAUGAUUCUGGCCUUUCCCCUGCAGUUUCUUUGGGAUUUUUUCAAAGUAGAGAUUCAUAGAACCUCAGGGUUGGAGUCAUCAACCCAUCUGCUUGAUGUCUAAAUCCUUUCAACUACACCCUGGCAAGUGUUUAUCAUCCUGUCUUUGAAAACUUCUAGUGAUGAAGAAUUUGUUCCUACCAAAUACCCUAGAUGAAUAUUUUGAAUACGAUGCAGAAGAGUUCUUGGUCUCUUUGGCUUUGCUAAUCACAGAAGGACGAACACCUGAAUGUUCUGUUAAAGGUCGUACGGAAAGUUUUCAUUGCCCUCCAGCACAGUCCUGUUACCCAGUAACAACCAAACAUGAAUGUAGUGAUAAGUUGGUCCAGUGUCGCCAAGCCAGAAGAACCAGGUCCGAGGUCACAUUGUUGUGGAAGAAUAACCUUCCAGUCAUGGUGGAAGUGAUGCUACUACCAGACUGCUGCUACGACGAUGGGCCCACCACCGAAGGAAUUGAUCUAAAUGAUCCUGCAAUUAAGCAAGAUGCAUUAUUGUUAGAAAGAUGGAUCUUGGAGCCAGUUCCUCGACAGAGCGGUGAUCGAUUUAUUGAAGAGAAGACUCUUCUGUUGGCUGUCCGCUCAUUUGUAUUUUUUUCACAGUUAAGUGCUUGGCUGAGUGUUUCUCAUGGUGCUAUUCCACGAAAUAUUCUUUACAGAAUCAGUGCUGCUGAUUUAGACCUACAGUGGAAUUUUUCCCAGACUCCAACUGAACAUGUGUUUCCUGUUCCCAACGUUUCUCACAAUGUGGCUUUGAAAGUCAGCGUUCAGUCCUUGCCCAGACAAUCUAAUUACCCAGUUUUGACUUGUAGUAUUCACACUAAUAUUGGACUUUAUGAGAAAAAAAUUCAAGAACAUGAACUUAAAACCCGUCAGCACCAUAAUUCUAAAGAAGUAGAACAGAGUAGUACAAACAGUUCACAGCGUCUGUGUAGCAAACAAACUUGGACAAUGGCAUCUGAUAGCGUAUUACAUGUAAAAAAUGGCACAACUCCAGAAUAUACUGCAGCUGUCAAAAAUGUCAAACUAUAUCCAAGCACUGGCAGUAAAUCUGACUACGGUACAUCGCAAGCCAAUAUUUUAGGCUUCAGUGGCUUAGGAGAUAUAAAGUCACAUGAAACAUCAGUGAGAACUUUAAAAUCAUUUUCAUUGAUCAAUCCCAGUGUCUCUAGCCAUCAGAGUUCCUGGCAGUCAGUUGGUGAGGCUAAUCCUUUAAUAGGCUCUUUAAUUCAGGAUCGACAAGAAGUUAUUGCAAGAAUUGCUCAGCAUUUGAUUCAUUGUGAUCCAAGCACUUCACAUAAUUCUGGACAUUCAUUUAAUACACAAGAGUCUAGUUCAUUUAAUUCAAAACUUUUCCGGGUUUCACAGGAAAAUGAAAAUGUGAGGAAAUACAAGGAAACUUCCUCCAUUCCUUCUGGUAGUUCAGAAUUUACCUCCUCAGAAGACACCAGUGAGAAAAUUAAAGUAAAGCCAGAAAUUUCUCGAAGCGAAACUUGUGUUUCUAAUGGUCCUUAUUCUCGGCAGUCCCUUGGUGAGACUAAUCCUUUGAUAGGCUCUUUACUCCAAGAGCGGCAAGAUGUUAUUGCAAGAAUUGCACAACAUUUGGAACACAUUGAUCCAACAGCAUCACAUAUCCCCCGGCAGUCAUUCAAUGUGCAUGAUUCCAAUUCAUUUCCUUCUAAAGUGUUUAGGAAUUUGUAUGAAGACAAACAUUUAUUGGAGAAAAACAAGGAUGAUGCUUCUGUUUCCAUUUCUAAUGCAAAAUUCUCCUUGACAGAAGACAGCAGAGAAGGCAAAAACCUAAUAUCUGAUAUAUCUUUUAGUUCUCCUAAAUGCAAUAGUAAAGUGAAGUCCUCUUUGAAACCUCAAGUAAGAAGAAAUCAGCCCCAGGAAAAUCUUAGUGAAAUUGUCCAAAAGACAUUUCAGGAGACGCAGAAUAAAUCUACUAGUUUAUCGACUUCCUCAAAUAUGUCUCAUUGCAAAGAAAAUAAUUUAGAUUUGACAAGCAGACUGCAAAAUACAUUUUCUGGAUGUCAACUGAAGGAGCAAGAAAAUAGCAAUGGAAUUGAUAAACAGUAUUCAGAUUACAACAGUAUUGACAAACAGAUUUGCACAAGUAAAUCUAACAAAAAAAUAAUAACAAAUGAGAAUUGUAAUCCAGAAUCUUUAAACAAUCACCAGUUUGAUCAUUCAAAAAAUAUUGACUCUAAAAUAAAAGUUACUAUGUUGGAAAUGUCCGGAUAUUUGCACAAACGUGAAAAUAAAUGCUCAAAUAAAGAUUUGAAAAGGCCCAAGACUUAUGAACAAAAUAUACAACUUAAUAGUACAGAAAGUUGUUACUAUAAUAAAGAUAAUGAUGGUUUCAAAUGCAAAAAGCCAGACCAAUUAAAAAAUGAACAGGAAAAAAAUGAGCCAAUUGAUGAAAAUUCUCAAUACCGUUCCCAGAGAAAGGAUAUAAAAGACUCUUUAUCUACAUGUGAACAACUGAAAAAUACAGCAGUUCUGAAUGUCCCACUGAAACAAUCAAGUAUGUGGCGAAAACAUAAUUUUCAUUCCUUGGAUGGAACCUCAACCAGGGCCUUCCAUCCUCAAACUGGAUUGCCUCUUCUUUCAAGUCCUGUUCCUCAAAGGAAAACACAGUCAGGUUGUUUUGAUCUGGAUUCUUCAUUACUCCAUCUGAAAAGCUUGUCAUCUAGAAGUCCUCAGCCAUGUUUAAACAUUGGAAAUGAUCCAGAUGUUCAUGAAAGACCAUUUUUGAGUUCUAGUGCUCCACCUAUAACAAGUCUUAGUCUCCUAGGAAAUUUUGAGGAAUCUGUGUUGAAUUAUCGUUUAGAUCCUCUCGGCAUUGUUGAUGGUUUUACUGCCGAGGUGGGGGCAAGUGGUGUUUUCUGCCCCACACAUUUGACUCUUCCUGUUGAAGUGUCAUUCUACAGUGUUUCAGAUGAUAAUGCUCCCUCUCCUUAUAUGGGUGUGAUUACUUUAGAGUCCCUUGGUAAAAGGGGUUAUCGAGUACCUCCUUCAGGAACGAUACAAGUGACCUUAUUUAAUCCUAAUAAGACUGUGGUGAAGAUGUUUGUUGUGACAUAUGACUUGCGAGGUAUGCCAGCCAAUCAUCAGACAUUCCUUCGACAAAGAACUUUUUCUGUACCUGUUAAACAAGAAAUGAAGAGAAGUGUUAAUAAAGAGAACAUCCGACAUAGAGAAGAACGGUUAUUACGCUACCUCAUACAUCUGAGGUUCCAGAGUUCCAAAUCUGGAAAGAUCUACCUCCAUAGAGAUGUACGGCUCCUGUUCUCUAGAAAGUCAAUGGAAGUUGAUAGCGGUGCUGCAUAUGAACUCAAAUCUUACACUGAAUCACCGACAAAUCCUCAGUUUUCACCAAGAUGUUAAUGAGUGACUAAAGUAUUUGCUCAGUACCCAAGUUUGAAAGUAAAAAUUAGCAUAGAAUGGAGUGUACCAAGUUAACAACCAGGAGAGUGGAUCCUCGCCUGUUACUCUGGACCAGUUUUUAAUGAAAGGAUUUCUGGAAUGAGAUCUGCAUAUUCCAAGUAGACUGGAAACACUCAUGUCCUAAUCCUUUUUGUACUGUUGAAACCACUUCAUUGGAAAAUGUUGCAGUAGCAGAACCCCCGGUUAGAUUAGUGUUUACACAUUUUAUUUCUCAGUUAUUUAAUAUUUAAUGUUUUCCUUAAUACUCAAGUGAUGUUUGUCUCUAGUGUUCUAAUGUAGCAUAAAUCCUAUGUAAAAUCAUACUAUGUAUUUUUGACAUUAACAUUGAAAUCUGAAAUAUAUGCACAAAUCUUUAA